CUUAUUCUCUUUCUUCUUUAAAUUAAUAAAUUAAAAUAAUAAAAGUUGGAAAGUUCUGUGCUUCUCUCUCUCUUCUCUGAAAUUCAUACACCGCUCUCAAUUCAAUGAUUUGCAUCCAUGGAACUUCUCUGAAAUCCAAGCUACCUUUUAUUCACACCAUUCUCCUCUCUUCACUUCGCGGGGUAGACUACUAAACAUCAGGAAGGAGAUUAUGUCCUCAUCCCAUCCUAAGAGGAAUAUAUAGCGGAUAGGUAUCACAAAAUGGGCGUUUCUAGCUCAAGAAUAGAAGAAGAUAAAGCCCUGCAGCUAUGUCGUGACAGGAAGAAGUUUGUUAGGCAAGCACUUGAUGGGAGGUGCGCACUAGCAGCAGCUCAUGUUGCAUAUAUUCAGUCACUAAGGAGCACCGGAGUGGCUCUUAGAAAAUUUGUUGAGCCUGAUGGUCCAGUUGAAUCUUCCUUGUAUACGUCCACCACUGCAACACCUGAACCUCUUGCUCUGACUCAGAAGACACAUUCUCAUUUUUCAUUUUCUUCUCCAUCUGUGUCGCGACAUAUUGAUGCUACUGAAAUAUUUUCCCCAACUCCUUCCCCUCCUAGCUCUAGUCGAAUUCACAUAAAUCAUAUGAAAUUCAAUGGUAGCAUUUCCAAUAAGGUUGAAGAAAAACCCCCAGUACCAUUUGUUGGGACAGUGACUACAUCAAGUACACCACAAAAUACCACUCCACGUUCCACUGAAGUGCCUGAAGGCUCACCAUUUGAAGAUGCUUCCCUUCCUUCUGGAACUCCUCCAUGGGAUUUCUUUGGUCUUUUCCAUCCAGUUGAUCAUCAAACUUCUUUUCAAGAAGACAAGGCUAUGAGCCAUGGGUUCGUGCACUCUGAUGAUAUAAAUCAUCUUAGGGAAGAAGAGGGAAUUCCUGAGCUGGAAGACGAUGAAGAAAAGACAUCUUUACGUGGAAAGGAAGAUUCUCAAGAUUCUGAAGAUGAAUUUGAUGAGCCAGCCACAGUUUCUCUGGUUCGAAGUUUUGAAAAUUUCAAUAGAGUGCAUGAUGCUGGUGAUGUUAAUGCUUCAACUUCAGUGCCUCCUGUUGAAACUGCAUCUUCAGAAACAAAGUCAUUGAAUGGGGCAAAGGAAAAUUCUCCUUUCUUGCCUUCCACAGAAACUGCAGCAUCAAGUUCUGAGGUACUGAAUGGGGAAAAAAGCAAGUCUCCUGAUUUAUCACCAUUGAGAGCCAAAAAAUCAGUCGUAGUAGUCCCGGUUGAGACAAAUAAAACUCAAGUAAAAGAAGGUUGCAUGGAAAACAAGGUUGUCCCUAAGGACUUAUUUUCAAGCAUAAAAGAUAUUGAACUUCUGUUUUUAAGAGCCUCCGACUCUGGUAAAGAAGUUCCAAGAAUGCUUGAAGCAAAUAAAUUGCACUUUCGACCAAUGUUGCCAGGGAAACAAAGUGGCUCAACAGCAUCAAAGUUACUGAAAUCCUGUUUCUCUUGUGGAGAAGAAGAUCCUAGUCAGGUUCAAGAAGAACCUGUUCAAACAGAUGUUAAGUAUAUAACUUGGCACAGAACAACAUCUUCUCGAUCAUCUUCAUCUAGGAAUCCUGUAGGAGCAGGAAACUUAAAAGAUGACAUGGAGGACCUGACUGGUAAUGCAUUUGAGAAUAUUGGCAUGAUCUCGGGAAGCCAUGCCUCAACCUUGGAUAGGUUAUAUGCUUGGGAGAGAAAACUAUAUGAUGAAGUCAAGGCCAGUGAGAGUGUUAGGAGGGAGUACGAUAUUAAGUGUAGGUUUCUGAGGCAGCAGGAAUCAAAUGCUGAGAGUUCUCAAAAAAUUGAUAAAACUCGUUCUGAUAUCAAAGAUCUUCAUUCGAGAAUCAGAGUGGCUAUUCAUAGGAUUUAUUCUAUAUCGAAAAGGAUUGAAGAAAUAAGAGACAAAGAGCUCCAGCCACAGCUUGAGGAAUUGAUUGGCGGGUUAAGUCGAAUGUGGGAGGUUAUGUUGGAUUGCCACAAGCUUCAGUUUGACAUUAUCUCAGUUGCGCUUAACCAUGGCAAUGCCAAACUCUCAGUGCACCAAGAAUCACAUAGGCAGAUUACUCUCCGUCUUGAAAAUGAGCUUCAUUCUCUGUCAUCAAGCUUUAGUAAGUGGAUCGGUGCUCAGAAGUCCUAUAUUGAUUCUCUAAAUAAAUGGCUCUUCAAAUGCGUCUCCAUAGCAGAGAACUCCACCAAGAGAAAAAGAAAGUCAUAUAGCUGGCAAAACGUAAGAAACUACGGUCCCCCUAUAUAUGUCGUCUGUGAUUUAUGGUUGGAAGAGAUGAAUAAAUUACAAUAUAAAGAUGUGGUCGAUUCUAUAAAAAGUUUAGCUGCUGAAACCAGCCACCUUUUACCACGCCACGAGAAAAAAGAUGGUAAGGCCGACAACAGGAGCGCAUCUGCAGUUAAUGGAUUAAGAGACGAUGGUUUGGAGGACGUCAUUUCAGGUUUGAAUAGCUUCCGGUCAAGCUUGGUGGCAUUUUUUGGACAGUUGAAUAAUUUUGCAGAUUCUUCUGUUCAAAUGUAUGUUAAACUCGAUAAAGCCAUCGAAAAUGCUAAGCAUAUUUACGAAAGAUCUCUGUCUCAAAAUCAUUCUCAAUUUCAAUUCCAAUUUCAAGUUGCUUGAUUCAAGAGAGAUCAUCACAAGCAAAGAAGAAUAGAUAUGCCCGGCAACAUGGUGUCAAGUUCCAUAAAAACUGUUGUCUUGGAUACACAAACAACCUCAGAAUACAAUACCAGGUCUAUUGAGGGCUGCAUUUUGUAUAUUGCUAUUGGGAGAGGAAUAAGAGGAAAUUGGAAGAAUUCAACUAUAGAAUAAAGGAGAUGGUAAAACUGUCUAACUUGGUCUUUUAUAUAUAUAUAAUAGGUAUAAUAGGAGGGGUGGUAUUUAUAGUUACAAGGCUGUAAUUACAGGUGAGGAUGAAGAUUCUAUGCAAAGCAAGAAACAGUACUUGUAUAGUGUUUUUCUUUUCUUUUUUCUGUAUUCCAUAGGAACUGAGAUAAAAAAACAAAAGUCCACCCCUCGCUCUACUGUAAUUAUUAUUGAUUUAUAAAUGUAUUGUAGACUAUAGAAUGAAAGUGUCUGUUUUGUCCAAAAA